CCCAGCACACCUUGCAUCCCUCCCGGUGCUCUUCUCUUUCCCUUCUUCUUGCUGCCGUCGUCGUCUCUUCCUCAGCCUGCCACCCCCAUCACAUCCCGCCGCCUGCGUGCUGCUCCUCUGAGCCCGUCGUCAAGCAUCGUUGGCCCAGAGAGCCUUGUUCCUGAUUGUACGCCGUGCUAUUCGCUAGCUUAUCUCCACCUCGCCCCAUCACUCUGCCCGUCCCCAAGACAAGCUGCGACAAGCUCCCACCUCAGUUCCUCAUCCAUCCACAGCCACCCGCCAGACUUCACCCGUCGUUCCACAAGCUCUGUCAAUAUGACUACUGCCUAGCCACUGACACGCCCUACCCCUCCGCAUGGUGGCCUGGAGCAAAGAAGAAAUUUGAGUCUCCUCUCGUGUCUCGAGCUCAACCGCUAUCGAGUCAUUCUCCGACUUGCCUGCAGUCUUGACGCUGUUCCAUUGCAUUCCUCUCCUGCUCUGCUCGCGCACCACUUUCCCCCUGUACAGCGUGCUGCUCAACUGUACCGUGAUGGAUUUUCUUGAAGCUCCCGAUUUGCUGUCCUCGUAGCGAGCAACUCACCAUCCUGCCUUGUCUCGCGUGCGCACUUCCUGUCUCAUUCCCUCUCCACCAUCCAAGCCACCUCCCGUACCUCAUCCCCUCCUCGUACCCUCGGGAGCUGUGUGUCUACCUCCAGGCACGCACGGUUCGUUCCUGAAAGUGGCCUCCUGUGUCCUACCAUGUACCCUCCCCCCAGACCGGCUGGCGCUAGAGCCUCGGCCUCAUCAGCUACUUCUCCCAGAACGAACCCGCUCAGAUCAAACAACGAGCGGGAUAGCAUGUCGGAACGACGAAGGAUGCAGGAUUCGCCUAGCGACAGCGGAAGUGGAUUUGGGGAAGCGGAGAACUACACGCAGGACGAGAUCAAGCAGCUACGGAAUCUGAACGCCAUCAUCCAGCAAUUCUUCGUAAAGGGGGCGUUGACGCUGGUCAGCUCCAGGGUGUUUCUGACUCCGGCAAAGCUCAAAGACGGCGAUGAUAUCAAGUACAACAAAUGGUUCAACCUGGUCCUUCCCGAGUCAGAUACCCUCGCAGAAUUCACAGCGCCGUGGAGGGCCACAGACGUGAGCGUGGAACGACCUCCGCCUAUGAUAAUCGAGAUAUACCUAGACCUCACGCAGCUCACCCGAAGCCAGAAGCUGAUCAUUUUAGACGACAAUGGCAAGCGAUGGGACGUGGCCGACACCCUAAACCGCACACUAGCUCCAGGUGACCGUCCGACGAGCAAGACGGCGAAUGCAUCGCAGCUUGUGCUAGAGCGAUGGAGAAUAAGCCUGGAUGGCUCGCCUCGAGAUAGUGCCAUGCAACCCGGCAGUCUGUCCGCUGUGUACAAGCGCGGUAUUCCUUUGUUUAGAUCACUCUUCACAUAUGGACGCACCAUGCCUGCAUUCAAAUACUCGCGCCGCCUCCUGAAGCAACCUCCUAAUCAUCCUACCGUUAAAUUGAACUAUCGCAUCCUAGACGGGGCCGUACCCAGCUCCAAGGUAGAUACGUUGCACAUACCACUGGCCCUUAGCGAGGACGACGUCGUCGAGCAAUACUCAUUUGAACAUCUGCAAUGCUCGGCAGGCACCCUGAACAUAUCCGUCACGUAUAGAACGAACUGUGAUUUUCGCGUAGAUGAUACGGAGUCGUUGAUGAGCUCGCACUUUAUGGCUUCGGACGAUCACUACUUCAGACCUUCCUUAGCUGGCCGUAGGACUGAGGCCGCCGUCGUGCCAAGCUCGGUCCCCAAUGCUCGACAUGACUAUAGUCCGGACUCGCAGCAGGAAGGGCAGGUGUAUGGAUCGUUGUCGACGUUCCACAGGUCUGGUGCUGCUGCGCCAGGUACCAGUCCACUGUCGGCCAUGCGCGCGAUACGUGACGAUGCGACGCCGGACACGCCGCCUCUAAGAACUCAGCCUGAUCAUCGACGGUCGACUAGUUCGAGAUCCUCGAUGCGAGCAGAAGGCGCCUCUAUCAACCCUAGGCGGCCGUCCGUCUCGUUCCAGCCGUUCAAAGCUGGCUCACUAGCUUCUUCACCGGGAAUGAAUCUUCCCACCUCGCCAGGGACAUCCUUUCCCGGCCGACCUGGGCCGGCUUCCCUCACGCAUACGAGAAACCGUCCGUCAUUAACUACGCUCCCUCAGCAGGUGCUUCGGACGCCGCAGCUACCUAACGAGACUGCGAUCGCAUCGUCGACAUCAUCUUCGCCAAAGCCUGCUCCGAUUGCCCGAUACAGCAGCAGCUUUAGUCACAGAAGGAGUCGAUUCUCCUCUACGGGUAGCAAAGGGGACGAUGACCAUAACAGCAGCGGCAAGCAGAGUGCGUCGUCUUCAGCGCAACGUGGUUCUGAUGAGAUCGUCAACGAAUCCCAACGAUCGGGCUCGGGCUCGAUGGAACAGUCAGAAGAUGACAAAAAUCUGCAAGAUUUCAUCAAGCUGCUGGAGGCAAAGAAAGAUCUGAAAAGCUUCUCGCGAACUGAUUCCGCGUCGAAAGACGCCUCUAUGCGGCGGACGACGGCGGCAUUGUCAAAGUACAGAGGCAUGAGAGAGUCGAACACGGCUUUGUCGGAUUCACUGUCCUCGUCGCUACUCCUGCAACGGUCAUCCACCUCAUCCAGUCGCCAGCUUUCAAGCGUGCCGCCUAUGGUUCACGGCACUUCUGCGUCGACGUCUUCGUCACCGGGAAAGCCCAUUUCGCCUCAUACGCCGCACACCCCCGCCAUUCCGUCAAGACUGAGCGAUAACCUGACCAUUGAUUACGGCGACACUGUGCGUAGAAGCCGGACCCGAAGACGGUCCCCAACGGAGGCCAUGCGCGAGGAAAACUCAAGCGAAGGCACUGCGCGAGAUAACACGGGGACUAACGCGAUUGACAUCCCGACCAGUCCACACGCCUGGCCGUACGUGCGGCGAUCAAGCUCUGCCAGCGGGCGCACGCGCGAGCGGGGCCUAGAGGAUGAGCCUGAAUUGUACGGUAUGCGGAGCGCGUCCCUGCCUGCAGAGGAACGUACGGAGCUGAGCAUGAGCGAGCUGCUACGCGUCAACAUGGAGGUUCAAAGCUCUUCGCCCACAGGCGAGGACUCUUCUCCCCAGCCCUCUAAUGAAGGAUAUGCCGCGUAUCCCUUUCCUCCACUGGACACGAGCCAACCAACGUCCCGCGAGGAGUCAUCAUCCAGACCCGGCAGUAUUGUUGAACCCGUCCCGCAGGCAUUCCGCCACCGCCUCUCGCGUGGCUAUAGACGCGGCAGCCCCAGCUUCUCGAGUGAGAGGGGGAGCAGGUACAGCGCAGGCAGCAGGCUGAGCAUGCAGACAGGAGAAGAGGAUGACCUCAUCUUCCAGCUUAGUGAGCUAGGCUCUGCUUCCCGACGGAGCGUUGAGGAGACACGUGGUGCAACCACGUCUGGAAGGGGUGAUAGACGAGGAGCUUGGAACCAAUGACCACGUGAGAUGGCGCAGCUUUGUUUCCUCAUGUGUGCUUUUUGCAUACGGAGUGGCAUAUCUGAUUUUGUUCCUGGCUUUGGUUUUCACCAUUUCACACGCCGUAAAAUUGCUUCAUGGUUGUCACACGGUGCUAUUUCGCCUUCAUCAUCUUUAUCAACGUCAUAUCGAUCAUCCUUGCGGCAUUUUUUAUUCAUCCUGGCUUUUGCUUGGUCGCGUUGGUUAUUUCAUCAAAGGUUCCCCCUUGAGGAUCAUCACCGGGAGUCGGCAUCUGGAUAUGGGGACUCUGCAAUUGGGAGAGGAGAUACCAUAUAUUAUACGUGUCCACGUGGCGUCGGGGUAAACCUUUGUAACUUUUCCGCGGUCCUCUGGUUCGGCUGCCCUUUCUUGUAUGAAAGCACAACACAUUCAUAACGUUAUAUAUGUGUGGCUUGCCUGAUUUAGGGAUUCUUAAUUUUGGGAAGGCGAGUAGAUUGCUUUUUCUGACUUGCUUACUUGCUUAGCAUGCGAACGCGCGUCACUUCCUCGCGCGCGCGUGUGGGGAUAGGGAAAUCAUAGAUGGAUGGGAAUGCUAGGAUCGCAAGAUUGCCUCGUGUAACUAAAUUUGGGAUUAGGGUAGGAAAGAAUGAAACAGAUUGAACAGCGGCACGCGCGGUGCAGGCC